AUGCCGACCGCUUUGGACAGGCUGCUGAGCCCGCUGCAAAUUCGCAACAAGCUUGCGAAGGAGAUCUUAGCCGAGGCAAUUGCGACCUUCAUUCUCAUUGUGUUUGGCGAUGCCUCGGUAGCACAGUCGGUGCUAAGCAAUGGAGCUAAUGGUGGUUUUCUCUCCAUCAACUGGGGAUGGGGUGUCGGUGUUAUACUUGGUGUUUACUUCGCAGCAGGUGUAUCAGGAGCCCACCUCAACCCUGCGGUGACCUUGGCCUUCGCUUGCUUAGGACGGUUCCCGUGGAAGAAGGUCCCCUUCUACAUCUUAGCCCAGAUGGUCGGUGCCUUCAUAGCUGCAGCCUGUGUAUUUGGGGUGUAUUCGGAUGCUAUUAAUGAUUUUGACGGUGGAGUUCGAGCUGUACUCGGGGAGAAUGGGACAGCCGGCAUCUUUGCUACCUAUCCGAAGGACUUUCUCUCAAUCUGGAGUGGACUUGGAGAUCAGAUAUUAGGCACUGCUCUGUUGAUGUCCUGUAUAUUGGCCAUCACUGACAAGAGAAACAACUCUCCUCCUAACGGCAUGGAACCCCUUCUUAUCGGUCUCGUUGUAUUCAACAUCGGUAUUUGCUUCGGAUACAACUGCGGCUAUGCCAUCAACCCUGCCAGGGAUCUGGGGCCGAGGUUGUUCACCGCCUGCGCGGGUUACGGCCAAGAUGUUUGGACUCCCAAUGGUAUGCAUUGGUGGUGGGUGCCUAUAGUGGGACCGAUAUUGGGCGCCAUCUUGGGCGGAUAUCUUUACUUGUUCGCUAUCGAACUCCACCAUGACACGGACACGGCAUCGGCGAGAGACGAAGACGGAGGAGGAGAUUACAUGAUGGCUGAAUUGUCAGGAAAAGGUGAAGAUAACCAAGCGGUUCAGAAUCAUGGACAGGCAUGAGGGGUGGUUUGGAUGAACAGCGCCCUCUUUCAAAGGAGUUUCGUUCAUUUUGAUGAGAUAUCAAACAGACCAAUCAGCCCAAUUGAGUACCAAGUGUGCACGUCAUAUUCGCUCUUCAUCCAGGUUACUGGUUCUAAACAACAGAGCCUGCACCUGAGGUUCACCGCGAAAUAAUUCAAGCAACGGUCUGGAGCAGGACAAAUUCGGUGUUUGAGGCUGCUGUGAUCACGACACCAUUGUUUAGCUCAAAAUUGUUUGGAACCAGCAACUUUGACAACUUGGCCAGUAUGACGUCACACUUCGGUACUCUAUAAGAACAAUGCCGUUGUAACCAUGAUGACAGCUUUGGAGUGCGAAAAUGGCUACAGACGUCCUGAACAGCUUCAAGCAGAUAUCUUUUUAUUUCUUUUUUUUGUUGUAUAUUAUUGUUUAUCUUCAUUCAGAUUACUAUAGGAAAGUAAUAUAUUUAUCACCGUUAUCCAUGAGGUUGCGGUUUUCUUUUACUUGUCAUACUAAGGCCUUUCUAUUUCAAGGUAUUUGUCUGUAAUUUUUGUGUGGGUGACUGACUUCAUUAUCCAGAUAAUUUUCAUGUAAUGGUUUCAAAGCAAAACAGUGAACAAUUCAGCUGGUACUGGCCAAACCAACUAUCAUUAAAAUUAGUUGGAUUCUAUUGUUCCAAUGCUGUGUAAACGUAAUAUUUGAUAGCCAUACAAUAUAUGAAUUCCUGCCUUUAUAACUAGUUCAGAGUUUCGAAUAGAUCGAAGUCACCAAGAUUCCACAAUUUAGCACCCUAAUAUAUUUACAUUUCAUCCUAUAUUUCACAUGUUUCAUGUGGUUUUUUAGAAAUUAUGAAAGCUAGGCAAUUUUCUUUUUGUACGAGUAUAUCAACAAUAUGUGGUUUAGAUAAUCAUUUUGGGGUUUCUUUUUUUUAAUUUCAAGUUAAUACAUCCAUUCUUGAUUCCUUUGUGUGUGUAUACUUCGAGCAGAGACGUAGCGAGAGUCCCGACUUAACGGGGGCACUUGAAGAGGAUCAUGUCAUCUUCUCACCUCGCUCUCUCUUUCUCUCUCUCUCUCUCUCUCUCUCCC